AUGGCCAAGGAGCACACNGUCACUCCUGAAGAUGGCGCUCGGCUUGAAAAUGUUAAAAUUUCUCUCAAGAGUAUAGUGGACAGACUUCUUGCUUCAUGGAAAUGCUCUCUACUUAGCAAGUACUUCCCAAGCAUUACAUCUAAGGAGGAAAUUAUACUGCAAAAAAUUAUUUCUACUGUUGCAGAGGAUCUGCAACGUAACUUGUUGAGAGACUUGGCUGAAAUUGUUGAAACUGAGAUGAAAGAACCACUGCAGCGUCUCAGUAACAUGGUUACGCAAUGUCCUAAGGACACUAAAGCCUGGCGCCCUUCUGGAGAUCCUAUAAAAGACUUGGCUGCUCAUGAUCUUAAGGUUCUGCAGUAUGAAUACAGCCGAUUGUGUGACGUUCUAGUGCGUGAGCAGCAAAACACUCUACUACUGAAAAACAAAGUCUUGAAACUUCGCAACAAAGUCAGCGAAAAUGAGAGAGAACUGCUGAAUGUAAAGGAAAGAUGCGUCUCUCUAAUGGAGGAGUCUAACAUCAUCACUGAACACAUAGUGGCGUCAGGCGAUCUCAGCUGACGAUUGCAGUGGCUAGAAAUUCGCUGCAGUCACAAGGAUUGCUAAUUUACUUAGAAAUUGUCUCCUGAUUUGACUUCUUUUAGAGGUUCAUAGCUCUAUUAACGGGAAUUAUUUCACUUAAGCUUUAACGAUGCGCUAUAAAUUGACCGUAGGUGUAGACAAACGGAAUACUUUGUUUCAAUAUCUUUCAUUGAUGUACGGUAUAUUUCGUGCAAAAAUGCAUAUUACGAAAAUUUUCUUCGAUGGUUAAUAGUAUCUUUAAUGGUUUCUCUCUUGCAAGUUAAUGGUUACAUGUUCUUAUUUUUUUUUUUGUAAGUGCAACUAUACUGAGGGUGGUUAAUUUUUCUUGUACUAGAAAUUUUCACAAGCCAAGUUUUCAGUUCUUCCAAGAAAACAUUUCAAAUACAUGAUAAAUAAUAUUAGCGUGUUAUAGACCGCUCUAUGUUGGAAAUAUUUUCACAACCAGGUGGUUAUAUUUAUUUACAGAUUAACAUAUGGGUUAUUAACAUAUAUAGAUUAACGUACAGGUCAUUACCGGUUAAUGCCAUCUAUAAAUUACUCGUUUGAUAUGAAGUUUAAUUGUAAAUCCGUUCUUUCGAAUGGCAAAAACGUUUUUAAAUUUGCCAAUAUUAGUUUAUUGUGAACGUUUUUAACUUGUCUUGUUUAGUGAGUGAGUGUGAAAUAUAUUCCAUUACCUCACAUUUUCUACUCACGCAAGAAGUGAUUGUUAGGAGUCGAUUCAACACAACAUGCUAGAUUAUUGAUGUUGAUAUUUUCAAAAUAUCUUUCCUUAUUUUCUUGAUACUUCAUUCUAAUAAAGGUAUAAUUAAUACAAUCA